ACAUGCCGGCUGUGGUCCUGAUGUUAAUAAUCAGACAGCUUCCCCAGCCCCUCGUCCAUCUGCCUGUCAGACACACGCCAGCCCAGUACAGAGUGGGAGAGAUCAGAAUCAAUGGGCUGCCUUCUCAUUGGGUGCCUUGCACUGCUGCUGAUGGAAAGGAGUCGGGGGAAUUGAAGGCAGGUGUUCCUCCUGACUCCCCUGUUCACAUCCAGAGGAUUGGAGGGAUUGAGAUGGACAGACGGAGAAGGGCUACCGUGGCUCUCACACUCAAUUUCCUCUCUCUGCUCUUCUCCAUCACCGCUUUCAGCAGCAGUUAUUGGUGUGAGGGGAUUAGGAAGGUCCCCAAACCUUUCUGUACAGGGAAAGACGGGGAGAAGCCUGGAUUUUGCAUCCGAUUUAACAAUUCUGACUCCAAUGCCAGCAAUGUGGUUCAGUAUACUUGGGAAACCGGAGACGACAAAUUUAUUGAGAGGCAUUUCCAUGCUGGGAUAUGGUACUCCUGCGAGGAGAACAUUAGCGGAGAUGGUGAGAAAUGCCGGAGCUUUAUUACCCUCACACCACCUGCAGAUCGAGGGGUCCUGUGGCUCUCAAUCGUGGCCGAGGUUUUGUACAUCACGUUACUUCUUACAGGCGUGAGCCUCAUGUCGGUCGAAGUCUGUUAUUAUACAACGGUAAUCGAUGGGUUAAAGUUGAACGCCUUUGCGGCAAUAUUCACUGUGUUAUCAGGGCUGCUCGGGAUGGUGGCUCACAUGAUGUACACUACUGUGUUCCAAAUGACCGUUAAUCUGGGCCCAGAAGACUGGAGACCGCAGAACUGGGAUUAUGGAUGGUCUUACUGCCUGGCAUGGGGGUCAUUUACCUGCUGUAUGGCAGCUUCAGUGACGACAAUAAACAGAUACACAAAGACCAUUCUAGAGUUUAAGCAGAGACGGAGGAACCUGGAGAGGAGUUUACAGCAUAAACAAAAAGUGGGGGAUCAGGGAGGAACGCAGCCAGUGUGGGAUAUUUAUAUUAACACCCUGCAAGGCAACAGAGAAGGAUUGGUGGAUUUGGCAAGCAGUGGGCAGAACUCCUCGAUAUAUGGAAAUAUGAGUAACUUUCCCUACACACAGUGUGAUGAGUACUGCUAGCUUGUAUUGCUGAUUCUAUAUUUUUUUUUAAUAAACAAGGUCAAAAGACAA